AUGAGGGUGAAUAUGGAAGAGGAUUCAACUAUGAAUGAUUACGAAGUCAAUUCAACGAUUCAUGAAGAAGAUAGUGUGUUCAGUAACCUCUUUGAAGCUGAAUUGAGUUCGGUUAACAAGCCAUGUAGUAGCUGGUAUAACAGUAGGAUGAUAGAAACAGAUGAAGGUGAAAUAUGUUGUAUACCGGAAGUAGAGGAAGAUGUAAGACCAGUUAAGGGUCAAGUUUUUGAUACAAUAGAUGAUUGCAUUGAAAUGUAUGAGAGAUAUGCGUACCAAGCGGGUUUUGACACUAGAAUGGAAAACAGACGAGAGCAUGUCCCAAAUUUUACCUUCGAAUACAAGGUAAAAGAUAACAGUGAGUUGGAGUGUAUGUUUUGGGCCGAUGAGACAGCAAAAGCAAAUUUCAAAGAAUUUGGAGAUAUCAUUUCAUUCGAUGCUACUUACAGGACAAACAGGUACAACAUGAUGUUUGUCCCAUUCACUGGGAUAGACAACCAUAAGAAGACUGUGUCUAUCGGAGCUGGUAUGCUUAGGGAUGAAACAGCAGAUUCUUAUGUGUGGUUGUUGAAAGCAUUUUUGGAUACAUUUGGAAGCCAACCAAAGAUGGUCGUCACAGAUCAAGAUGCAGCAAUGAAGAAAGUCGUUGCACUCGUCUUAACGGAAUCAAGGCACCGACUGUGCAUGUGGCACAUCACUCAGAAGCUGCCUAUGAAGGUAGGAAAACGUAUGUUUGAUAAUACUGAUUUCAAGAAGAAGUUCAAUGACAUAGUUUGGAACAUAUCAUUGAGUACAAAGACGUUUGAGAAAAGAUGGGCAGAGAUAAUGAAGGAAUUCAAGUUGGAAGAACAUCCAUGGUUCACGCAUAUGUAUGAUAUCAGGUCUACAUGGAUACCAGCUUACUUCACAGACUUAUCGAUGUCGGGUUUAAUGAGAACCACCUCAAGAUCGGAAAGCGAAAACUCAUUCUUCAGCAAUUUCACAAGUGGUGGAGCAAUGUUGAUUCAAUUUAUGAUGUCAUAUGAGUCUGCCAUGGAGAGGCAGGGGAGUAGGCUAGAGGUUCUCGACCACCAGACGCAUAACAAGAGACCACCACUUCAAACCCCUCUUCUUAUUGAAGAACACGCUUGCAAUGUUUACACACGUACCAUUUUCUUGUUAGUGCAAAAAGAAAUAUAUUUGGGAAGUUGGCGGUGUUCUCAGCAUUUCGUAACCUCAGGGAUGCAAGGAUGUGAUGUGAUUGUGGUUAAAGAGAUUAGGGAAGUUAAGAAAAACAUACAAAAGGUGGUGGUCGGCAAAAAGAAAGACAAGAAUGUUGAAGUGGUUGAAGACAUCAAAACUGUGGAUCCAGAAGAAGCUGAAGAUGGAACGGAAAAUGAAACCGAAAAUGAAACAGGGAUGGGAAGCACAACCAAAACUGUGGAAAAAGUGACACAUAACAAGCAAAAUGGAACCACUGAUUGUAGCUGCAUGACUUUCACGAGAUAUGGAUUUUUAUGCCGACACACAUUUUGUGUAUUCAAGAGCUUGCAUGUUGAACAAAUUCCAGAAAAAUACAUCCUAAGAAGGUGGAAAAAGGAUUUGAUACCUCCAGGAAUGAGAACACGAAGAUAUAUUGGAGAAGGUGGGUCAAGUGAAGAAUGUGAGAGGAUGGGAAAUGAGUUGCAUUUUUUGGUAGAUGUUUGUGUAGAUAUAUUGCAGAAGGAUGAGGAAAAGCUGUCUCAUUUUGUUGAAAAAGUCAGGGCGCUAAAAGAUGAGAUAGAGGUUGCGCAUUCAAACUCAAGAUCAAAGGAUCAUGAUGAGGCAAUAGAGAGAUUCUUAGGAGUUACCAAGCCAAGUAACAAUGAUGUUCAAAAUCCACCUGUUUUACCAUACAAGGGAUGCGGAAACGACAGCAGAUUAAAGUCUCUAAAAGAAAAGGUGACUGAAAAAUAUCUAAAGCCAAAAAGAAAGUGUGGGACAUUGACAAGUGACCACGACGCAAGGAAUUGUGAAAAGAAGAAAGCAGAAAAAGCUAAAGCAGAGGCGGUGGCUCAAGCUCUUGAAAAACUUGAAAAGAAGUAA